AUGACAACCAUUGUUACAUCUCCAAAGGUUCCGACUUCUACAUGCAGUGUAACAUGCACUCCUGGAUUCAGGAAAUUUCAUCAGGAACACACAGCAGACUGCUGCUUUGACUGUGCCUGGUGCCCAGAGAAUGAGGUUUCCAAUGAGACUGAUAUGGAGCAGUGUGUUCACUGUCCAGAGGAUCAGUUUUCCAACCCAGAGCACACACGCUGCCUGCAAAGACAUGUCUCAUUUCUCGCUUAUGAAGACCCAUUGGGGAUGACUCUGGCCUGCAUAUCCCUGUGCUUUUCUGCCCUCACGGCUCUUGUUCUUGGUGCUUUUGUGAAGUAUAAUAACACUCCCAUAGUGAAGGCCAAUAACCGCAUUCUCAGCUACAUCCUACUGAUCUCCAUCACAAUCUGUUUCCUCUGUUCAUUGCUCUUCAUUGGGCAUCCCCACAUAGUCACCUGCAUCCUUCAGCAGACCACAUUUGGAGUCUUUUUCACAGUGGCUGUGUCUACGGUCUUGGCCAAGACAAUUACGGUUGUCUUGGCCUUCAAGCUCACAACUCCAGGAAAAGGAAUGAGAGGGUUAUUGGUAUCAGGGGCACCUAAAUUUGUCAUUCCCAUCUGUACCUUGAUCCAACUCAUUCUCUGUGGAAUCUGGCUGGUCACGGCCCCUCCCUUUAUUGACACAGAUACACUAUCUGAGCAUGGACAGAUUAUCAUUGUAUGCAGCAAAGGCUCAGCUAUUGCAUUCCAUUUUGUCUUGGGAUACAUGGGCUCCUUGGCUCUGGGGAGCUUCACUGUGGCUUUCUUGGCCCGGAAUCUUCCUGACAGAUUCAAUGAAGCUAAAUUCCUGACCUUCAGCAUGCUGGUGUUCUGCAGUGUGUGGGUCACUUUCCUCCCUGUCUACCACAGCACCAAGGGGAAGGUCAUGGUGGCUGUGGAGGUACUCUCCAUAUUGGCCUCCAGUGCAGGGUUGUUAGGGUGCAUCUUUGUCCCAAAAUGUUAUGUGAUUUUCAUGAGACCAGAUUUAAAUUCUCUUCAAAAGUUCAGGGAUAAAUCACUUUACUGACCCAUUCCUAGUUUUAAGAUUUUUAGAUGACACUUAAAAUAUCUCUGUUCCAUUUCCUUGGAAUUACUCCCUCUUCCAUUCUCAGCUUUCAUCAUUUU